AUGUCCUCUCGCCCAGAUUCUGCGGCCACACGACCGCGCUCUCGUCGGUCUAUUGCCCAUGUGCCGCGGUCGAAGAUGACGUCUGGACUGGAUAAAGAGAAUGCGACAACAGAUAUCGGAGCAGUGCCACCAUUUGCAGCCAACGGCAAAUCUAUGACCAGGGACAAGAAGUCCCGAAGUAAAAGUUUGGGUCCUGGUGGUCUUGAUGCUCUACAGAAUUCACAUGGCAACCGUCGCAAGUCAACGGCCUCCUUUCCCCUUAAAUCUAUUCUUAAGCCCACGGUCCCUGUCUCGCCAGUGCGGAACAUUCCAUCAUUCGAGGAAGUUCGCCGUCGCACCCCGGCUCGAGAUGCACCCAACCAGAAAGCAAACACCAACAUCCAAAACCAAGAAGGUCUUCUGAUCGAUUUUGCAACCCCGCCUCAACCUCCUGUCUUAGACCCAGAGGAUACUUCUAAUCCAUUUGAUACCUUCAAUGCGACAUCGGCCAUUCGCGAUGAGAUGGCUGCAACCAAAGAACGCGACGAGAAAGAACGCAAGGAUCGGGAACGCCAAAAUAUUCUAGAGAAACGAGAGGCGCGACGAAAGUCAAUGGCAAAUCGCCGUGUCUCGUUUGCCCCCGAAGCUACACUUCACACUUGGAACGUUGUUGAAAUCCCCGACGAGUCGACCUCCUCAUCUGCCGCAAAUUCGACUAGACGUGCUUCCUCAACUCCCAGCGCUCAGGCUCAGCAACCUCAGCCUUCUCCAGAGAAAGAGGCACCCUUCUCUCCAGAUGAAGAUGCAGAGUCCGACUUUGGCUUCUCACCAGUUCGGCAGCAAGACCUGGUACAUAUUCGAGGCCAACCCGGGUCUUCUAGAGAAGAUGAAGGCUCUGCAGCUCUUUCCUCUAGUCCUUUCAGCGGUAGCUCGGUGUCUGGAAGUGAAGACACGGGAGUGCAAAGUUUGGCUGGUGAGGACGAAAAUGGAAAUUCUUCAGAGUCUGACGACGGGUUUGAUGCCGAAAGCACCGCAAUGAGUAUGGAUGAUAUGACUUCUCGCUCUGCAGCAAGCAUGCAGUCGGAUGCAACCGCUAGUUCUAGCUCCAGUGCGAAACUCAACGAGGCACUGCGUCAAGCUGCGAGAGAAGCCGGAACCCAGCUCAUUGAUGACGGAAAUGGAGAUAUUUCCAUGGAGAUUGCCGAUGAAGAAAUCACAGGCGCUUUCCAGCCGUGGAUCAAAAAGGGUCAAAGCUUUGAUUGGGAUGAUAUCAGUUCUCGACUUGACCAGGAGAAUACUGAUCCGUCAAAGGCUACAUCCACCGGACAGUACGCAGAGUCAGAAGGAGAUAUAGAUGAAGAACUCAGCAUGGAUGUCACUAAUGCUAUUGGGCGCAUUCUGGGAAAUGGCCGUCGACAAAGCGCCGCCCCCCGCAGAUCCCUAGGCCAGGAAACGACCUACGACGAUCAAACAAUGGAGAUGACUGCCAUGGUUGGAGGAAUCGCGCAAGGCAACACUGCUCAAUUCGACGACGAUGACAUUAACGAAGACGAAGAAAUGACUAUGGAGUUUACUGCAGCCGUUGGUGGUCUUUUGAACAGACAACCCGUUCAAACUGCACAAUAUGCUCAACAGCAGGGUUCGACUACCCCUAAGUCCGAUCGUAUGGGUUUUGAAAGAGACGACGAGUCUGAUGGAGGCAUGGACAUGGAAAUGACCGGCGCGAUUGGUGGUAUUCUACCACCUGGACUCCAAACUCAAACCAGAGACCAAGCGAAGAUGCUCAUGGAACUCGAGUCAGAGUCAGGGCAACUUGGUAGUUCGCCUUUCCAAGAGAAUGUUCGACAAUCGCCGGCAAAGUCGCCGGCAAAAUCUCCCCUCUCCCACGUUGCCGCUGUGGCCUCUGAGAGUGGUAGUCCCAGUCUGGCCAACAUCCGAUCGCGGCAUUCGCGACGUAGCUCUACAGCUAAGAGUACCCCAGGAACUCCAACAUCAGCGACCCGAAGCCGGUCUCCGUCAAAUAAGCUAUCGACACCCCCUAAGCAGUCAACACCUCAAGUAAAGCCUACUACGCCUGGCAAGACCCCUCCAUCUGCCAAUGUGAGCUUUCGAAGCGCUUCGCCCAAGAAGCUGUUUCGGCCUGAGCUUCAGAAGUCUGCGGAAAGACGCAAGUCUCUCCGUCAAAGCAUAUUCGAACAGAAUAUGGCUGGCGGACAAUCCACUCCCCGUAUCGUCUUGCAACCCCGGGAGGGUCGCCGCUCUUCGGGGCUUGGGAUUGAUAAGGAAGGUCUUGGGUCCCCUCGUGUGGCUGCGAUACUAGACGAGCGUCCCUCUCUCGGCGAAGGUACUCCGCAAUUUACCCCGCAAGAACGCCCGCGUGGAGGUGUGCGCUUUGAAGAUCCAUUGAAAAUGCAGGCGGAUGAAGAGCGGGAUCGCGAGCUAGAGGAAAUGAGGGAAGAUGGUCAUAUUCCUCCAUCUCAAGGAGAGGGUGAUGUGACCUCGAACCUGAGAGAUAUGAUCUCAAGCAUGAGCCCGAAGAAGAAUAGGAUGGGUAGUCGAAAGAGUCUUCACGUUGGUGCUGCUCUUGGCAUCCUGGGCAAGCGUCCUCUCGAGCUUGACAUGGACGAUUCGGAAGCAGAAAAUUCCCCCAAGAGACUACGCGGUCGAGAUGUCAGUCCAGUGAAAGGUGUAAAGCUGCCGGCACCAACAGUGGGUGAUGAGAAAAGCCGCCGUUCGGUCCUGUCUCCCGUUCGGAGAGCUCAUAGCUCUUCGCCUCUCAAAGGCAGUACUACGCCUACUUCUCUUUCGGAGCUUCAAACCCCCACCAAGACGGGAGCAACUCCGCUGAAAGAGGGAGUUGAUGCCCUGCACCUUGCUUCUGAUCCUCAGCAACCUGAGCCGGAAGAAGACAAUCCACAAGAGCAAGAUCCUGAUUUCGAACCAAUUCAACUUCAAGAUUUUUUAAAUAUGACCAACAUUCACUUUAUGGAACUUACGACAACGAAGAGACGCCACACGACUGCCCCUGGAAGUGCUACCAGGAGACUGUCCAGACGAUCGGGCGAGAAUGUCCCGAAGGCAGGCACGAUCACCUUUGAAGAUUGUGUGGUUGCCGGAUUCUGCACAGUCCCUAUGCUUGAGCUGUACCAGCACUCCUGCCGCGAGCUAAAGUCGUACAUCUCUGAGGGCCGACAGGUGAUUCGAUCCAUUGAGGCAGAAACAUACACUGAGAAUCCGCCUCUAUUCCGAGAGUAUGUUACUGCUCCACCAGAUAUUCGAGUUAUUAUGGAUAAUCAGUUCCGAAAUGUCAAGACUCACGCGCGGCUGCUCAGCAAAGCUACGUGGUAUGAGUGGCGUAUGAAACUUCUUGAGGGUUUGAUGCAAGGCCUUCAUCGCCAUGUGGAUGACAUGAAGGCAGAUGACGAAUUACUGUCUAAGCGCGAGGAACUUCUCAGUAGGACCGUGCCUUCACUAGUGGAGAAGAAUGCCUCGCUGGAGGAUGAAGCAAAUAACCUUAAGCAAUUGGUGGAAGAGAUGGAAAGCUGCGAUCAGGAUGAACUUCGGGAAACUCGUGAGAAGCUGUCCAAUGUUGAUGAUGAGAUCGAAGUCAAGAAACGUGAACUUCAGCAGCUGCAGAAUGAGAUCCACGAGAAAACUGUAUCGAUUGAAGCUGGCACGGAAAUGCGGGACAAAUACAUGGCCGAGUUUCAAGAGGCCGAGCGGGUCAAGGAAGAAUGCCGCGGGUGGAGCGCUCGAGAUAUCAGUGAUCUCAAAGCUUCGGUCCACAAAAUCGAGCGUCAAACUGGCUGGUCCAUUACCUCUGCAUCAACACCGACGGAAUCCUCUAGUGAUCCCAUGUUGACAAUGUCAUACCGAGGCCAGCUCCAGAUCAAAUUUCAUCCUGGAGCAUUUGCCACCAAGAAUUCAACCAAAACCGACAAGGGUAACCUUCCUCUUGAGUUGACAUUUACCAAGAUUAAGUCUUUCUCCCCCAUUGCAUCGUUGGUCCUACAAUCCCUGCAGAAGCAUCUAGCUACGGUACAGCAAUCCAAGGUUGCCCCUAAACACCUUCUCCGCUUCAUAUCUACCGCCUGGGACCGCACUCUUGGCCUUGAAAACGAGGCCCGCAUGCUCGAAUUCUGUGGUGUCACUCGUCUUACCCUUUCCGAUCCAAAGGGAAAUCUCUCUCUCCGCGCCCGCUGUACACUCCUCGGCAAUGCCGCCGUGCCAUUCACACCAGGCCGCAAAGGCGCCGAGAAGAACAGCGGAGCGAAGCGAAUUGACGUCGACUUCACUGUCCGCACACGCGUCAAUCUUGACAGUGGCGACUCUCAAUGUAUCGGCUCCAUGGACUUUGAUAUGGAUGUUAUUGCGACUAAAGUCUAUGGCUUCGGCUCUGGUAACAAGUCCGGUCUACCAGACACGGAGAUGCAAAGUAUCUUAGAUCAGGGACUUGACAGUGGGGAAGCGGGAGCUCUAGGAAAUGGAGUGUGGUGCAAGGCAGUUCAGAAGCUUGCCGGGUCGGUGUUUUAA